CCAAUGAAUUAUUUAUCAGAAAAAUGAUCGAAAUCUAAUAUAUAACAAUCACUAGACCUACCUAUGUACCAUGACUAGAAAAAGACCUAUAGUGGGAGAACGUGGAAAUGUGAAAAACUGAUGGAGCCAUGAAAAACAAGAACCGAAGGAAGAAGGGUCGUCACCUUCCACAACGCCACUUCCAUUCCCAUCAUUCUCAUUCUACAACGGGCAGCUGGUGGUAGCUCAAUUCCAAAUCCACCCACCACAUUAAAUUUUACCUUUCUCCCUCUCUGUGUCUCUGUCCUGUUUCUCCUUUUAUCUGUUUCCGGAUUGAUUAAAGUCCUCUCCUCACACUCAAUUAUCUGAGUCAAUACCUUCCACCCUCUGUCUCGUUCCGUAUGUCUGCAUCAUCGUCGCUUUCUCUUUCUCCUUCCCUCCUCCCUUCUUCCCUUGUUCUCUUCCUUCUUUACAGAUGUAAACACGGAUCCAUUGCAAGGACCCAAAACCCACCUUUCCUCUUCCUCGACUUCGGUUUGCUUUUUUGCUCUCGCUCCCCACAUCAUAAAACAUGAUAAAGCACCAACCUUUAUAGAAAACUGAGCAAAAGAAUGCAGCCUAGUGUUGAGGAGAGGUUGAGGUUAGUCCACAUUUCUGCCUUAUUCUUUCCAUCCCCUGUUUCACUUCCUCUGUCUCUUUAAGCUGAAACGACUUCUUCCAGUUUCUCGCAGCUUGCUGCUGGUUCUGAGUUCAAUUGGCUUUCUAUGUAGCGCUUCUCCAUUUUAUAGAGAGAUCCGCUGGUUGCUUGUGCAGCACAAUUCUGUUUUGGGAUUAGAUUAAACAAAUGGGGCCUUUUUGGCUCCGAUUUUGUAUCUUCUCUUUGUCUCUGUGCUCUGUUUUCGAUACCUCUGUUGGCAUCUCUCAGCAUGUCGGGCGUAUAUACCCUGGUUUUGAAGCAUCACAGAUGGGUUAUGUCGAGAAGAAAGGCAUUUUCCUUCUCUCCCAGAACUCAACUUUUGGCUUUGGCUUCUUCGCUACCUUGGAUGACCACCUCUUCGUCCUUGUGGUGCUCCACAUCAAGAGUUCCAAAGUUGUUUGGACUGCGAAUCGUGGCUUAUUAGUCAGCAAUUCUGACAAAUUCGUGUUCGAUAGUAGUGGAAAUGCUUCUCUCCAUAGAGGGGGAGAUGUGGUUUGGAGUUCAAAUACAGGGAGGGAAAGAGUUGAUUCAAUGGAAUUGAUGGAGUCAGGGAACUUGGUGUUGCAUGGUGAGAAUGAAAGUGUUCUUUGGCAGAGCUUUGGCUACCCAACAGAUACCCUUUUACCAGGGCAGGAGUUUGUAGAAGGAAUGAACCUCAAGAGCUUUCCCAACAAGAACAAUUUGUUCAAUUUCCUUCAGAUUAAAUCUGGGGAUCUGGUUUUGUAUGCUGGGUAUACAACUCCUCAGGUGUAUUGGUCGCUCAGAAAUGACAGCAGGAGAAGUAAUAGAACUGUUGCAGGCCAAGUUCAUUCUGCUUCUCUGGAUGGAAAUUCAUGGAAUUUCUAUGACAACAAGAAGUUAUUGCUUUGGCAGAUGAAAUUCUCCAACAACUCUGAUCCAAAUGCUAGGUGGGCUGUGAUCUUAGCCUCCAAUGGAGGCAUUGCUUUCUACAACCUUGAAGCUGGAAGGUCAGUUCUCCCUGAAACAACUAAGAUCCCUCAGAGCUCGUGCAGUGUUCCUGAGCCUUGUGAUCGCUACUCUGUCUGUUUCUUCGAAGGCUGGUGUGAAUGCCCUGCAUCUCUCAACUCUCAAUUUGGGUGUAGGCCUCCUAUUCCCUCGCCUUGCAAUGGGUCAUCUCGUGGUGCUGCUGAAAAAGUUGAUCUCAUCUACAUUGGGGAGAAGCUCGAGUAUUUUGCACUCGGGUUCUCAGUUCCUAUGUUGACUAGAUCAAACUUGAGUGUCUGUAGAGAAGCUUGUCUAUCUAACUGCUCAUGUCUUGUUCUGUUCUUUGAUCAAACUAGUGGAAAUUGUUUCAUGUUUGACCAGCUCGGUAGCUUGAAUCGUGCUCUCGAUGGUUCUUUGGGCUAUACUUCCUACAUGAAGAUCUCAACAUCGAGUCUAAGAAGCAACGUUAGUGGUGGAAGUGGGAGGAAAGAAGCUGUAGUGAUUGUGAUCAUAGCAGUUACAACACUCAUAAUUGUUGCUGGUCUAAUCUAUUCCGGAAUCUGGUACCAUUUCAAGAGGAAGAAAAUAACUGGGUUGCUGAACGAGAGCUCAGAAGGGGAUGAUGAUUUCUUGGACAAUUUCGCCACAAUGCCUGUUCGAUACACCCUCGAAGACCUCUCUAUAGCGACCAAAAAGUUCACCACCAAGAUUGGUCAAGGAGGGUUCGGUUCGGUCUACCUAGGUUUACUACCAGAUGGUACUCAACUAGCUGUGAAGAAGCUAGAGAGUGUUGGACAAGGCAAGAAAGAGUUUAAAGCCGAGGUCAGCAUCAUAGGUAGUGUUCAUCAUAUGAAUCUAGUGAAGCUAAAAGGGUUCUGUGCAGAGGGCUUUCACCGCCUUCUUGUCUACGAGUUCAUGGCCAAUGGAUCGCUCGAUCGAUGGAUCUUCAAAAGUCCCAAAGAGGGUCUUUUGUUAGAUUGGAAUACCCGGUUCAGCAUUGCACUGGGAACAGCCAAAGGUCUAGCUUACCUCCAUGAAGAAUGUGAGGCAAAGAUUGUUCACUGUGACAUAAAGCCUCAAAAUGUGCUUCUAGAUGAGAACUUCACUGCUAAGGUCUCGGAUUUUGGUUUGGCUAAGCUAAUGAACCGAGAAGACAGUGGGGUCUACACUAUGGUUAGAGGGACAAGAGGGUAUUUAGCACCGGAGUGGAUCUCCAACCAGCCUAUAUCAGAGAAGAGCGAUGUGUACAGCUACGGGAUACUGUUACUCGAGAUCAUCGGUGGGAGGAGGAACUAUGAAUCAGAGGAGAGCUCUCAUAAGUCUCAUUUCCCUUCUUACUCGUUCAAGAUGUUCGAGGAAGGAAAGGUUAGAGAUAUCAUCGAUCCCAACUUGGAGAUCAAUGAUCACGAAGAUGGAAGUGUGGUCGACGCGAUCAAGGUUGCUUUGUGGUGUAUACAAGAUGAAAUGCAGGUGAGGCCGUCGAUGAGUAGAGUGGUGCAAAUGCUUGAAGGGAUAUCGGAUGUUCCGGACCCACCAAUGCCAUCCGAGUCUUGCCCUCGGCCUUAUACCAACUACUUGAGGUGGAGUAGUAGAGAGAGUACGAGUUCUGGGGUUAGCAAUCGGAAUUACGAUAGCAGCACAUUCGUGUCUGAUAGUCAGUUAUCAGGUCCUAGAUAACAGCAAUCAUUGUUAGAGGUGAUAUAGUAGCAAUACAUAGUUUGUGCUUAUACUUUGUUAAAAGUUUUCUCGUGAAUGGAUUCCUGAAAGAGUAUGGUAGUGGUUUACUUGUCCAUGAAUGCUAGUUAGUGAUGCAUUCUGUGUUUACUGUUUAGAAAAAGGAUAUGAACUUUGACGAAAUGAAAUCUCACCUAUGCAGAGUGAUUGUUUACUCUGUGGAAAAACAGGUUAGGCAAAGUUUGUGUCUCCUGUCAUAGUUUUCUGAAUUUAGUUCUACUCCCAUGAGAGCGACUCUUUACCAAAAACGGCGACUAAUUGAUUUUCUUCUUUAGUUAGUGCAUUUCCUUCUUCUUUGUGUUUUUCUUUUCCAAAAAUACACUACAAGUCAACUAACUACAAGGUGGAGCAAAUCAACUUGGAUUGAAGAGAAGAACCCGUUUCGCCUUUGUGCACACGCGUAGAACACGCUCCAUCAUUUCAACUCGAAUGAAGGUGCAAUCGUAAU